ACACAUUCACUGUCAUCUACACAAACGCACACACACGCUGCGCCAGACGCCUUUGUGUAGUCCGCCUGCCGCUUCCAGCGCCACUCUGCCUUUCAGGAGGCGCGCAGGAAGACCUGUUGGAUGUUACUGAAAGCGUUUGGUUGGCGUGCGGAGUUGACAAAAGUGUGGCUCCUUUUAACGUUUUUUUUGUCGCUCUCUUCAGUGACAUUUUACUUGACAAGCUUUUUGGUGACCUUGUUCUCAGUUUUAGAGUUUAUUAGUGAAUUACUGGUUAAUUGCAUAUCAAAUUUCCGAACCGUGCAGCUGGAUAAAAAUCAGUAUUUGAUGGACAAAAUGAAUAAUUCUGUGAAAUAACUCCAAAGGAUUUCAAGUGAUAAUCCCAGUGUGGCCUCUUGCGGAGUGAAGAUGCACCUGAAUAUGUGUGUACCGGUGGCACUGCUGACUCUCCUGGUGCUGACACUUAUGGUGCCCAUGGGCCGGGGCUGUCCGAGGAGCUGCAACUGCUACCAGGCCAGUGAAGUGCACUGUACUUUUCGUUCCCUCCUCACUGUACCUUCUGGCCUGCCUCUACACACACGCCGCAUAAAUUUAGGGUUCAAUAGCAUCAGCGAUAUCUACGACAGUUCUCUGGCUGGGCUAAAGAAGGUGGAGCUUCUGAUGCUCCACAGCAAUAACCUCCACCAUCUCCCAGAAGCAGCGUUCAGAGAUAUGAAAUCACUACAGAUACUAAAGCUGAGCUAUAACAAGCUGAGAGAGAUCUCUUCAUCUCUGACCUUCUCUGGCCUGACCUCACUGCUACGUCUCUACUUGGAUCACAACCUCCUCCAACACAUUCACCCCCGGGCGCUGCUCCAGCUGCCUAGCCUCAGGCUGUUGCGUCUGCAAGGGAACAGGCUGCAUCAGCUACACCCUCACACUCUGUGCACACUGUCCCUGCUGAAUACGUAUUACUUCUCUACACUCAGACACCUAGACCUGUCCAACAACAGUAUAACCACUCUGCCCAGAGAGACCUUUGCAACAGCACCUCUGCUGGAGACUCUUGUGCUGCAGGCUAAUCCGUGGAGUUGUGACUGUAGGAUGAACUGGUUUCUCAUUUGGAGUCUGGCUCAUCCAGGCUUAAUGAAAUGUCCCAGCAGCCCUCAGUGUCCAAUCUGCUCCUCGCCCAAUUCCCUUCAAGGUCAGGGCUUGCUUGACCAGAAUGACCUACCAUGCAGCUUGCCUGUCAUCCCCUCCCCAGGUGGAGACACACCUUUGGAGACAGAACUCAGUGAAAUCCAAUCAAGUAAAUCCUUUAGAGAGCCUUUAGGCACUGCCUCUCUGAGUCUGUCUGACCAACAGGGGGGCAGUGUUGAUCUGGGUUGCAACAUUACUUACUCUUCUGAGCUCCAGGACAUUGCUCAUCCUCCAGAUCUCUCCCUUUCCUCCUCUUCUCCUCUCCCCCUUGCUCUGUCACUCUCCCUGGAGUGCCCUGUGGAGACACAGAGCUAUGAGAAACUUUGGAGAAUCCUAGCUUACUACAGUGAAACUGCAGUUCACCUGGAGAGGGAGAUCAUGCUGAGUAAAGCCCCGGCAUUGGCAUACCGCUACAGACAGGCAGCAGAGACAGACGGAUACUAUCACACUGGAGUCAAAGCUUCUGUUAAAGCCAGACCACAAUGGUUGCUACAGCCAGCCAUUAGCCUACAGCUAAACAGAGCACAGUCUACCGGACACAGAGUUCAACUUAUAUACUCAACAAGAGUUUCCGCUCAUCCGGACCCUGCUUCUCAUCCCUCAACAUCCUCCCUUGCCGCCCACCCAUGGGUGCUGAUUUCAACUAAUCAUACCACCACAGCACUGGCGACAAUAGCAGGAAGCAAGGUGGAGCUAUCCUGCCCUCUUUUAAGUUCUGAUAACCCCAAACUACAGUGGAUUCUCCCAGAUGGAUCCAAGCUCAUCUCCCCUUCAAGCAGCCUAGAUGGUAGGCUCCGGGCAUCAGCCUUUGGUUUACUUCUACACAAGGUACAGCUCUCAGAUGCAGGGAUUUACUACUGCAUAGCCAGGGCAGGCAAGGAUGUAAAUGUUCUCCCGCUGCGCCUGGCAGUCGAAGAGUCCUCUGUUCCACUUUCAGGAGAGCAGGUGGGACCUCCUGUCACCGGAAACAUUGGGGAACCUGUCAGUCUCUACUGCAAUGCAUCAGGUUCACCAGUGCCUCAUAUAAGUUGGUUGUUACCAGAUGGAAACAUAGUAUGGCGGGGAUUAGCUGUAUCAGGUGGGCUUACAAUACAAUCAAAUGGGAGUCUCUUUCUGCCUAAUCCUUCUCUGAGGGAUGCUGGUCAUUACCGCUGUAUUGCCAUCAACCAGUAUGGCAGUGUCUCUCUGUCCAUGCAGCUGGAGUUAAACUCACAACAUCCCCCUCCACUUAGGACUUCAUUUCCUAGAGGGCCACAGUCAGCCGCUGGUCGGUCAACCAAGAUACGAGCCCCAUUACUAUUGGAGGAAGGAUCCGGUAAUGAAGAGGAAGAAGAAGAAGAGAUAAGUUUUGUUGGCAAUAGGAAGCGUCCAAGACCUCUCCGACCUCCCUCAAACAGACGUUAUUCAAUCCAAAAACCCAGAAGACGUGGACCUAUAAGAAAAGGGUCCCUAAGAAAAGGAGGAGGACCUGUAUUAUCCACUGACCAGAGUAGAAACCGCUUUGAGUACAGACAUAGAGUUACCACAAACAAACAAAGGAUAGACCCUCAUAAAUGGGCUGACCUCCUGGCUAAGAUACGACAAAAGACUGUUCACACUAAUAACAGUCAGAACAUUGCAGUUGGGAAGCCCACAGCUGAACCAGUAGGAGGAGUUAAAGGUAGACCCACAGGAGGACACAAGGGAAAUGAUGAUAAAAAGACAGGUGGAGCUGAGGGAGCAGGGGUGGAAGCAGAAACUGAAGGGUCAUCUGUUGAUGACACUGAUCUACAAGAGGAAGGCCUACAGCCCAUUCCCACUGUUCACACAGAGAUGCAAACACACACAGAGAUGAAAACAGACAUUGAAACAGACACAGAGAUAAAGACAGAGACGUCCACAGAACCACAGACAGAAAUAGAGAACGAGACAAAGACACAUAUACAGACAGAGAAAGCAUAUCCACAGAUAGAGACAGUGACAAACCCACAGACACAGAAAGAGCAAGUCACAACUAGGCCAAUAUCUGGAACAAAUGAAAUUGUCCUAGAACCAGGGGAAGGAGAUGAGCAAGAAGUAAACAACAACUCAUCUAGAACCAGGCCUCAGAACACUUGGCAGGGACUCUUUCCUAAUUUAGUUCCAAACUCCCAGCCUCAAAGCCCUUGGAACUCUCGCAGGAGGAUCGGACAGCGAAGACGAAUCAUCAACAGGCCCAGGGGACGAACUUUGACCCCACCACCACCUCUCCCUGACCCUAUGAGCCCAAGAUUACAAACUGCGACACCUGACACUACUACAGAUCAAAAAAAUGUUUUGCUCCUGUCAUCAACAACCACAUCUCCAGCUGUUUUGUUGAUACGGACGGACCAUAUUAAGACUGCUUCGAGUCAUGUCACACUGAAUCAUCUGUCUCCUGCUGUUUCUAACGCUUAUGAUAUCUCUUCUUCAAAAUAUGCCCCGCCCUCAUUGACUUCCUCUUCCUCCUCUCUCACUUCAAUAUCCCCCUCUUACACAAAGGUAUAUAUAGACAUGGGGACUCAGUCAGCCACCAUCCCAGAGACUGCAGCGUCCACUCUAUUCGACACACCAACAUCAGCCCCCACUCACUCGGAUACUGCGAUCACACAGACAAAUGUGCCACACACUGACGCCAGGACACAUACACAUAGCAUACAGACUCACAAAAAAACACACACAGCCUUAGGCAAACACAGUGAUAAACCUCCAAGCAAACACAGUGAAGAGCUGGAGAGGAAAUUGUCGGGUGUACCAUAUGUGUCCACCUCUCUCUUGCCCAUUCCUUCCUCGAUUGUUUCCACCACAGUCCCCAGUGUGGCUACAACUACUACUGCUGGAAGCAUGAGUAUGUAUAUUUCUAAAGCUAGUGAGGACACACUUCACUUAACAACUGGAAGUACUCCUAUUAAUACAAGUCCCAUCAUGACUGCAACUACCAUUAUUAUCCCAACAUUUAGCACUACCAGAAGUACUACAACUACUCUUACCUCUACUACUAGAACAACUCCAGUUCUUAAAACUCCCACUCCCACUAUUAUGUCUUCAACAAGCUCUUCUCCUACUACUUUUACUACUACUACUACUAGUACUACAAUCUCAUUAAAAUCUAUUCCCACAACUCCUAACCCCACUACUACCACAACUGCUACUACUGCUAUGACUACUAAAACUACUACUCCCACUAUCACGUCUUCAACUAGCUCUUCUCCUACUACUUUUACUACUACUACUACUAGUACUACAAUCUCAUUAAAAUCUAUUCCCACAACUCCUAACCCCACUACCACUACUACUACUACUGCUACUACUACUAUAGCUACUAAAACUACUACUCCUACUAGUAGUACUAGAAUGGCCAUCUCAGCCAAAACGUCUACAACUACUACAAGGGCAGCUACAACCAGUACAUCUUCUACUACUACCACAACAAAGACAUCAACAAGUACCACAGCAUCAUCCAGAGAGAGGCCGAGUGUUGUCGUUGAUCCCAGAGGGAGGCCUGUUUCUGGGGGUGCAAACCAGAGUCGAUCUAAAGACUGGAAGAACCCUGGAACUAAUUCUAUUCCUGAUUCACAUAGCAGAAGGCCACACUGGCCCCCCACUCCUUUGCUCCCUGCUGCCCCUGGGGUACCAGUAGUGAGAUCCAGACCGAGGAUUGCAGACCCACAUAUCAGGACAGUGUCGUUCCCAGCAGAGAGCACUGCCAGGCUGGCUUGUGAGGCUCAAGGAGAGCCGAAGCCCACCAUCACAUGGACCAAGGUUGCCACAGGAGCAGUGAUGUCAAUCCAAUCCAGGGCUCAGCGUUUUGAGGUUUUGCCAAAUGGCACCCUUGUUAUCCAAAAUGUUCAGCUGCAGGACAGGGGCACCUACAUCUGCAGUGCACACAACUUUCUGGGUCGCGACAGAUUGCUAACCACCCUGGAAGUGUGGACCCGCCCCCCUCGGAUGCAGCUGGCCAGCUACAGAGAAGCUACCAUUCAUCAGGGUGGAGAUGUGCACUUGGAGUGCCUGGCGGAUGGUGUUCCAAAGCCUCUGCUCUCUUGGGUUCUGCCUGACCGUUCUGUCCUGACCUCCGCUGCUCCCUCAACCAGUCGCAUUACUAUGGACACAAAUGGAACCCUUCACAUGUCAGUAACAUUACCUAGAGACAGAGGAGUUUAUCGCUGCGUGGCCUCCAACUCAGCAGGUGCUGCCAGUGCCUCUGUGCGUGUAUAUGUGUCCUCGUUGCCCCCGGUGAUACAGCAACCCAGAGAGGAACACCUGCUCUUGUCUCUAGGGAGGCCUGUUUAUGCUCACUGCUCUGCCCGAGGUGCCCCGCCACCAACUCUACGCUGGCGAAUCCCAGAUGGGACUCUAGUUCGGCCAUCCCAGUUUCUCCAUGGCAACCUUUUUGUCUUGCCAAAUGGGACACUGCAUAUUCGAGGAGUUGGACCUAAGGAUUUAGGGAAUUACGAGUGCACAGCAAGUAAUGCUGUUGGAGCCGAUAAGAGAACAGUGAGGGUAGAAAUUGAAGCGGGAGCACAAGGAGAGAAGCAACAGGGAGGCGCAAGAAAUGAAGAAGCAAAAGCCAUUACUAAUGUAAAAACUCCUUCAUCCUCACUUCAUAAAGACAGAAGUUUGUCCAUCCCCAAGCACCCCUCGAAUCUAUUCAACUCCACUAGACUAUCCCCUUCAUCACCAUAUGAUAGAGCCAGGUCCUUGUUGAUGUCCCCUAGUUCUUCUCACUCAUCAUAUUACCCUCACCAAACAAAUUCCUCUUACUCACCCCCUAAAGUCAAUAAAACAGUCACUGCCCCCCCCACACACUUGACCAACAUCAACAAAACAAAACUAUCCUUUCUUUUCCCACCCUCCACAGUACCUACAAAUGACACCAAAGUCUCGCCCGGCAUUUCAAACAACACAGGAGUUACUUCUUCUCACUCUGACAAAAGCAGAGCCUCAGCUGCUUUGCAUCCCCUGCCUGCUUCUCCCUUCAAUAAAGCCCAUAUUGUCUCUGUGUCACCCUUCAUCACUACUGUCCAAUAUGGGGGGGGUUUGCAGCUCCACUGCUCUGUAACUGGCUACCCAUCACCCAUCAUUAUUUGGAGGACCCCCAACAGGAAACUGGUGGACAUGCACUUCAGUUUUGACCGACGUCUGAAGGUGCACCCUAAUGGCACCCUGUCAGUUCAGGCAGUAACAGAGAAGGAUGCCGGAGACUACCUCUGUAUCGCACGCAACAAGGUCUCAGAUGAUUAUCGCCUCCUGCGUGUCUCUGUAGUUACCAAGCCUGCCAAGAUCGAGCCCAAGCAGCCAUUCAAUCAGAUGGUGUCAUUUGGCAAACCACUGAAGGUGGACUGCCUGGCAUCAGGACUCCCUGACCCAGCUGUCCGUUGGAGCCUACCAGAUGGAACCAUGGUGAACAGCAUGUUGCAGGGGGAAGACAGAGGAAGGCGAGCACGGAGGUUAACUGUGUUUGACAAUGGGACAUUACUGGUCCCAGCAGUGGGUAUGGGAGAAGAGGGAGAGUACACAUGUUAUGCUGAGAAUCAAGGAGGUCAAGACACUAUGAAGGUCAAAGUAAAGGUCAUGAUGACAUCUCCACCAACCUUCACUGGUAACAGAAGCCACCACAUCAUCAAAGUACAUCAUGGAGCAACCGCCACAAUUCGCUGCCAGGCUGCAGGAGUUCCCACUCCGACGGUGACAUGGCUUUCCCCGUCACGACGUGUCAUUCCACAAAGUUUGGGAACUGGUUUUUAUUCUGAGCGGGUUGUGGUGGUUUCAGAUGGAACUUUGGAGGUUCGUCUGGCUCAAAAGAUCGACACAGGAAACUAUACAUGCCAAGCAAGCAACUCAGCCGGGGAGAGGAGCAUGGUGGUGGGCUUGGAGGUGGAGGCACCCACCCAUGGUUUGAGUGGACAUAUGGGAGGAAGAGGUUGGAGUACUAGCAAUGGGCCUGGAAGGGAUCAUGACAGUCGAUCAGGGGACAGCAUUAGUAAUGCAGGGAUAAACCAGUAUGGGUUUACCAAUAGAGACACAAGUAAGCUUGGUAGCAAUAACAGCAGUAAUAAUGGCUAUAGUCAUCAUAAUGGCAGGAUAAGAAACACUGUACCAAAUGCUGGAGCUAACAUAGCAACCAGUGGCUUUAAUCCUGCCAUCAGCAGUGAUAGUCGAGAGAGAUUGAACAGGCCUUUUGUUGGAAUUACAACACAACUUGGUAGCAGUAAAAUCGGUGUUGGGGCGAGCGUGGCUAGAAAUACAGGCAUUAAAGCAAGUAAUGUUGGAAUAAAUCUAAAUGGACCUGGCGUUAUGAGUAAUAGCAACAGUCCCAGCGCAGUUAGAAAAGAUGGUGUGGAAAGGAAUCCUGGGACUAACAAUAAUGAACUCAUUCUACGACAGACUGGUAAUGAUGCUAACACCAGUAGAGACACUGGCAGGAGAAGUGGUACUUCCAGAAAUGGUUUUAGCAGCAGUGUGUCUAAUAAUGGAGCUGGUACUGGCACACUCAGAGGAAAUGCAUUUAGUAGUAGUAGUAGUAGCAGUAGUAGCAGAACUAGUACUGGUAUAGCUGCUGGUAACACAGGUACUAAAAACUCUACCAACACAGUUGUGGGUGUGGUAACUACAGUGAAGCAGAAGGCGGUGAAAGGCCAAACUGUUGUUUUACCAUGCCCAUCCCAAGGUUCCCCUCCCCCCCGUCUGGCCUGGAUUCUGCCUGGUAAUAGUGUGUUGCCAGCUCCUUUCUACGGCAGCCGACUUACUGUGCAUCGAAACGGCUCCUUGGAGCUGCUAGGAGUGCGAGCCAGUGAUGGCGGGACCUUGAUAUGUGUGGUAAGAGGUGAGAGAGAACAGACAAGGAUACAGGUGGAGCUGGAGGUCUCUGAGCCACAGGAGGAGGCCAGAUCUCCACAAAGGGGAAGGCCUGUGCAGAAAAGUGCUGGUUUAAUAGAGGUCCCUUAUUCAGGAACUUUAUUGGAUUCAGCUCAACCCUUUAACUCAAGGCCAGUGUUGCCUGAGACGCUACAUCCAAGAAUAUCAGUUACUCAAAAGCCCCUUAACAGUUCACAGUCUUUACCUGCUGCACCACGUCCAAUUGGUCCUCCAGAGUCAGCAGUGAGCACUAGAACAGCUCCGUUAGUGAGCAUCAUUAACGGAGAGACCCUUCGUUUGCUUUGCCCUGCUUCUCACACCCAUGGCUCUCUCUUAUGGACCAUGCCCAGCGGCAAGGUACUGUCCCGGGGUGAGAGUGGGGACUCAGGCCGAUAUCUAGUCCAAGAGGAUGGAACGCUAACACUACAACAGGCCUCCGUGUUUGACCGUGGCACCUACACCUGCAGAUCCACCACAAAAGACUUAUCCUCAGUUUCGGUUGUCACGGUUCCCGUCAUUGUCAUCGCCUACCCCCCACGCAUCACAACAGGCCCCUCCCCAUCGACCUACACACGAUUCGGGGUUGCGGUGGAGCUGCCGUGCCAGACUAUAGCAACACCUCGGGCUACAAUCACCUGGGAAACACCAGACCUGACACAGCUGAGGGUGAUGGGUCAGGCUCGUAUCUAUGGCAACCACUACCUUAGCCCUCAGGGUUCCUUGGUGAUACAACACCCAACAAAUAGGGAUACAGGAUUUUACAGAUGCACCGCCAAAAAUGUAAUAGGAGUGGACACCAAAGCGACUUACCUGCAUGUUAUAUAACUAAGGGAAGCAAACACACACACACACACACAUGCAGCUGUUAACACUGUAUGUGUUCAUGUGUUCCAAAUGCCCAAAGGAACUGCAAGGCUCUGUGCAGGAGAUACUGAUGAAUCUCAGAAAAGACUAUUAUAUAGGUGUAUGUCUCAUGCAUGUAUUUUUAAUGUAUGAGUUGUUUUUUCAAUAGUGUAUUUUUUUUACAGGACAAUGACUUACGAGAUUCUCUGCAGACACAGCGUCAGGCAUUUUUCUCUGCAUAGACAAAUAGAAUGUUUGAGGGUUGUUUCAUGUAGCAGGCAGUACACCAUUAACCUGUUGUGCUGAAUUGUCUGUCUCAGCGGCCUAAAACCCAUUUUGAAUUAAUGAUCGAAGAAAACAAUUAAAAUGCACCGCAAAGUUGGUAUCUGGUUUCCCUGCCUUGUGUUAAAGUGAAAUUCUUGGCAAUACGGACAACAUUGAAUUUCUCACUGUAAAAA